AUGGGGAUUGCCACCAACAUGCGGUUUCAUGGUGAGAAAAUGGAAGAUGUUGUGAUCGUUGAGAAGAUAUUGCGGUCUUUGACUGAAAAGUUCAACUUUGUUGUCUGCUCCAUCAAAGAAUCUAAAGAUAUAGAUUCACUCUCGCUUGAUGAACUUCAUAAUUCUUUAUUGAUCCAUGAGCAGAAAAUUAAUCGAAAUCGGAACACUACUAUAGAGGAGCAAGCUUUGAAAGUAACAUCUUCUACUAAUUUCUCUAAUGCAAGGGGAAGAGGAAGGGGCAGAGGCUAUCGAGGGAAUGGAGAUGGUGGCAGACAUAAUCUAUUUGUUCAUGACUAA